AUGGAGCAAUUUUAUAUGGCAGCAAUCAAAGAAGAAGGUCUGAUAUCAAUUGUGAAAAGAAGUAUAGUGGUGAUUGUAGGUAGAAGAGCUUAUUACAUGAGUUAUGUUGCUCAGAGAUUGUUGGAAGGAUUGAAAGCUUAUACAACAAUGUAUGAAGUUAGUGAAGUGUUUGUAGCAAGGAUGACAUUAAUCCGUAACCUCGGAAGGAUUCUUAGUGAAGAUGAUAAGACUUUGGUUACACCGUUAUUUCCAGUGGUAUUCAUUGGGGGGAAAUUAGUUGGGGGUUUGGAUCGGCUCAUAGCUAUUCAUGUCACUGGCAAGCUUAUUCCUAUGUUGAAAGCAGCUGGUGCUAUUUGGCUUUGA